AGGCCGGGCAGAAGCACUACCACCCCUCGUGCGCACUCUGCGUCAGGUGCGGCCAGAUGUUUGCGGAAGGCGAGGAGAUGUAUCUUCAAGGUUCCUCCAUCUGGCACCCGGCGUGUCGGCAGGCAGCCAGAACUGAAGACAAGAGCAAGGACACCAGGACUUCCUCGGAGAGCAUCGUCUCCGUGCCCGCCUCCAGCACCUCAGGGUCUCCCAGCCGCGUCAUCUACGCGAAGCUUGGAGACGAGAUCCUUGACUACAGGGACUUGGCCGCGCUUCCCAAAAGCAAGGCCAUCUACAACAUCGACCGCCCAGACAUGAUCUCCUACUCGCCCUACGUCAGCCACUGCGCGGGCGACAGGCAGAGCUGCAGCGAGUCUCCUCAGUUGCUCUCGCCAACGCCGACUGAGGGGGACCAAGAUGACCGGUCCUACAAGCAGUGCCGGACCUCCAGCCCCAGCUCCACCGGCUCUGUCAGCCUUGGGCGCUACACCCCGACCUCACGGUCACCCCAGCACUACAGCCGUCCAGACACUGGCGUAAAAGAUAACAUCUAUAGGAAACCCCCUAUCUACAAGCAGCAUGCCGCGCGGCGAGUGGACGGGGAGGACGGGAGCUUCGACCAGGAUAACAGGAAGAAGACCAGCUGGCUCCUCCUCAAGGGGGACUCGGACACAAGGACGAACUCUCCAGACCUGGACAUCCAGUCUCUGUCCCACAGCAGUGGGACAGAGCAAGGCCCUCUGCAGAGAGGGCCAGGAGACAGCUUUUCUCCACGGUUCCCCUAUUCCAAAUCCGACUCCCUCCCAAGACAUGGGACGAAUGGCCUGGACCGUCGGAAUGCCAAUGUGGCCCCUUGUGGAGCAGACCCGGAUGCCAGCUGGGGCACGCGAGAGUACAAGGUCUACCCAUAUGACGCGCUCAUCGUCACCAACCGAAUCCGCGUGAAGCUACCCAAAGACGUGGACCGGACGAGACUGGAGAGACACUUGUCACCUGAGGAGUUCCAGGAGGUGUUUGGGAUGAGCAUCGAGGAGUUUGACCGCCUGGCGCUGUGGAAGAGGAAUGACCUCAAGAAGAAGGCCCUGCUGUUCUGACGGCCGCCAGCCCUCCCCACGGACCGCGCCAGGGCAGCGCCGAGGAGCCCCCGCCAGAGCCACACACCCUUUACCCCACACCUUGCCGUGGCUUCU